UAUGAGCACAAAAAAAACCUAGAAGGUUAUUGGCAAAACAUAAAAGAUUGUUGAGAAAUAAAGUCAAGAAUCUUCAAAUAAAGAAUAAAAAAUAAAAACUAAAGUCAAUAGAUUAGAAUAAUAACCAUAAGAAAGAUAAAAUGGAAUUAUUUAUGUUGGACAUUUACCAUAUGGUUUUGUUGAAGAAGGAUUAAAAGAAUACUUUACAUAAUUUGGAGAUGUUCUAGGAGUCAAAUUAUUUAGAAGCAAAAAAGUAAUUAAUUAAAUUUAUAUAUAGACUAAUAGAGUGUAAGGUUAUGGAUUUGUUAAAUUUGCUGAUAAAGAAGUAGCACCUAUUGCAGCAUAAGCUAUGAAUGGUUAUUUAAUGAAUGGAAAGAAAUUAACUGUUAAUGUAUUAAGUGAAUAACAUCCUGACCCUUUCAAAUAUAAACAUGGAAAUUAAAAAUUGUUUUUUAUUAAUUGGUCUGAAAAAGCUGUUGAAGAAUCAAAUAAAGUAUUAUAUAUAUAUAUAUAAUUCAAAUUAGGAAAAAUCUAAUGAAUAAAUAGUAAAAGAAGUAUAAAAAUUAUUAGCAAAUGAAGAAGAGAAGAGAUUGAAACUUAAAGAAUUAGGAAUAAAUUACACAUUCCCAGGAUUUGUAUCUAUUUAUUAUUAUUAUAAUUAUAGAAAGAAUAACUUAAAGCUUGAA